CUAACAAUGAUGCAGCACAAGACUUCAAAAUCAAGAAAAGGAAAAACACAUACUUAGACCUUAAGACAAGAACCAGAAUCAAAAUCCUCUGUAUAUUGUAAUAUAUACGUAGUAUACAACGCUUUCCCCACUUUCCCUCAUGUCCCUGUCAUCCCAAUAAAAAUCACUCAACCAUUUUUCCAGUUAAUCCUCUCUAUCACACACGUGAAACUUCCAGCUACUUCCCCAACUUUCCUUUUGAAAAGACCCAAAGCAAUUUUACAUUUAUAAGAAGAGUACGUUCAGUUGUAUUGAUUGGCUUUCCUUGCAAAAAAGUUUUAAGUAUUAGUUGAGCUCACAGUAACCGAUGUCAGUUGCUUGUGGAGCUGAGUGUGUGUUGGUUUUAGGUUGUCUCCGUUGGGCAUGGAAACGAUGCACAUACACCGGCAAUGACGACAGUGCUACGUGGCCAACAGCUACCUAUGAGGAAUUCGAACCAGUUCCACGUAUCUGCCGUACAAUUCUAGCAGUAUACGAACCAAAUCUCCGUAGCCCCAAGUACCCGCCGAAGGGCGGGUACAGACUAAACCCCGAUUGGGUCAUUAAACGGGUCACAUAUGAACAAACAUCUGGCAAUGCACCUCCGUAUUUGAUCUACUGUGAUCACGAACACCAAGAGAUUGUAGUCGCUAUUCGUGGGUUGAAUUUACUAAACGAAAGUGAUUACAAAGUUUUGUUGGAUAAUAGGCUGGGAAAACAGAUGUUUGAUGGAGGAUAUGUACAUCAUGGGUUAUUGAAAUCUGCGGUUUGGGUUUUGAAUAAUGAGUCUGAGACUUUGAAGAAGCUUUGGAUUGAGAAUGGGAGGAGUUACAAGAUGAUAUUUGCAGGACAUUCUUUGGGUUCUGGUGUGGCGUCUUUGCUGACAGUGAUUGUGGCGAAUCAUAAGGAUAGAUUAGGGGGAAUUCCAAGGAGUCUUUUAAGGUGUUAUGCAGUUGCACCAGCGCGGUGUAUGUCACUCAACUUGGCUGUUAAGUAUGCUGAUAUAAUACACUCUGUGGUAUUGCAGGAUGAUUUCUUGCCAAGAACAGCCACCCCACUUGAAGAUAUAUUUAAAUCCAUCUUCUGUUUACCGUGCUUGAUAUUUUUGGUAUGCUUGAGAGAUACCUUCAUUCCUGAGGGCAGAAAACUCCGAGAUCCAAGAAGACUUUAUGCACCAGGCCGUAUGUAUCACAUUGUAGAAAGAAGAUUCUGCAGAUGUGGGAGGUUCACUCCAGAUGUUAGAACUGCCAUCCCAGUUGACGGAAGAUUUGAGCAUAUCGUGUUGUCACGCAAUGCUACAGUUGAUCAUGGAAUCAUUUGGAUAGAAAGAGAAUCUGAAAAAGUAUUAGCAGUAAGUAGCAUCAACACACUUUUUCCUUUGAAAGGAAGGACUCCAGUUGGUCAUGCAGAUGUAAUUUUAGUGGAUUUUACACGUAAAUUUAUGCUCCGCAUCAAAGUUCACAUAAACCCGAUACUCUCUAUACUACACCCCCCCCCNACGGAGAGUAUAACUGAGGAGUCAUCUCAGAAACAGGAGGAAGAUGCAAUGACAAGCAAAGCGCAGUGCAGUGAUGCAAGAACUAACUGGAAUGAAGUAGUUGAGAAGCUUUUCAAUAGAGACGAAAGUGGGAAAUUACGAUUAAAGAGAGAUGCAACUGGUCCCGAGUAACAACUCUGUUCCAAGGUGCUUUUUCUCUCUUCUUUUUUAUGAUGGCUGUGUAUGUUAGAUGAAAGCAUUAUUACUCGUGUUCCAACAACUCAUAAUUCUUUAUUAUCCAUAUCGCAUAGUACAAUAUCUUCUUUUUGUAUAUCAACGACCAUAAUGUAUAAUCUGAAGCCCCGUCAAUAGUACAGUUGGAAAUUCUUUUAUGCAAUUAUUUUAGGCAGUUCCUCGUGGAAUGUGAUUUGUUCAUGAAUUCUUGUUUACAAUCUGAGUGUUCAUUUGGUAUUCUGAUA